ACAGGUGUCGUUACCAGAUGUUGGCAUAACAGACUUGGGAGAAAUGUCUACAUACGGGUAUUACACCAGGCGUACGUCUUGGUUGGAAAUCUUUGAAAAUGAUCGACCUCUGACCUUAGCAAGAUAUCCAAAUGAGGGUUAUAUCAACAUCGACAAACCAGGUGCGGAUGGUCAAUCGUUUCAUUACGAAUCAAAAGAACCAUAUAAAUGGAUUCCGGAAGACGAUCUCUGGGUACAUGGAUUCUGGUUCUGGAGCUGGGCUGAUAAAGCUUACAAAGUUGCUAAGUUUGACCCCAAAGGUCAAUGGUUGUCAGUCACAGAAAAAGUCAUGUACGGAAUGAAGAAAGGGAAUUAUAACGAGAAAAAUCCUGGUUUGGUAGAUUACCAUAAUCAAGGUGGCUAUUUCAGAUUUGUAAAUGUGCUGUCUGAACUUGACCAACCUGGUGAGUUCUAUGUGGAUAGGAAGACUAAAAUGUUAUACAUAUGGCCCUUGAAAAACGCUCAUUAUGCCAAAGGUGACGCAAUAGAAGCUUCUAUUAUCGACACGUGCAUCUCAAUUUCAAAAGAUUCGGCUAAUAUCGUACUUGAAGGGUUUACGCUUCAGUGUUGUCGGAAGUUUGGAAUAGAGGCACCUCAAGUAAAAAGUAUAACAUUUACAGGACUUAGAAUUCAAAACAUAGGAUCAUACGGUAUAACAACAACAGGGACCAAUUUGAAAAUUAAUCAAAAUCUGAUAAGAAAUACAGAUGGUGGAAUCGAUAUCAGAGGCGGUGAUCGAAAAUCAUUAACUUCUUCAAAGAAUGAAGUUGCUGAUAAUAUUUUAUACAAUUUUGGACGUGUUGGUUAUGUUGGCAGUGAUGGAGUCAACUGUGAUGGCGUUGGUGUGCAUGUGCAUCAUAAUAUUUUCUUUCAAGGAGCAUACACAGGAAUAAAAUGGGCUGGAAACGAUCAUAUAUUUGAAUACAAUCAUUUAUCUGAAAUGUGUAGAUUCACCAGUGACUGCGGUGCGCUCAUGAGCGGACGAGAUUGGACAUGGAGAGGAAACAUCAUAAGGAAGAAUCAUAUUCAGCGAACUAAAAAGAAUGUUCCAGGAGCAGAUGUACGAGGAAUUAUGUUAGACGAUCAGUAUUCCAGUGCUUUGAUUGAACAAAAUGUGUUUCAUGACAACAAUGCACAUAUAAUCAUUGGUGGAGGAAGAGAUAACAUAGUUAGACAGAACAUAUUCAACAAAGAUGUGCGAUACUCAAUUAAAGUGGACGCCAGAGGGGCUGACGGGAAAUCUAAUACAAAGACACUGCUGGAAAAACUAGAGAAAAUUCCAUAUAAAGAUAAACUAUGGGCAAAUAAAUAUCCUAAGCUUGCUAAAAUCAUGGAUGGAAAUAACCCAGGAAAUCCUGUUGGUAAUGUAAUCGAAGGAAACAUAUUCUGCUCUAUAAAACACCGUAUUGAUGGUAAUAAAUUUGUCACUGAAUGGUUCAAGGUCGAUGGUAACAAAAACGUUACCAGCGACAACAACUUUUAUGCACCUACCUACGGAGAUUUUGAUCCGAGAUGUGACCUGAACGAUUACGCCUGGGACACAAAGUUUCCUCAUCCGGUUUUACCAAAUGAAGCAAAACCAAGAUAUCACGUUGGGCCUGCUGCAAUAUCUGAAGAACCACUGCCACUAGGUUAUAAGACAGGAAAUGAACCUGCACCUAAACCUUGUGAAGGAAAACGAACAAUAGACUCGUUCAAUGAUAAUAACCUGUAUAAAACUUUAGGAGAACUUCUAGAUGAGGAUUGGUAUUAGAGAGGUACAUAAACAGCUUUAGGAUAGAUAGUUAUCGCCAACUUUGCAGUAAUGACUUUAUUACAAACUCAUGUUACGUAGUGAGAUUGCAACUGAAUUGUACUUUCAUUCAUUUCAUAGUUUUAAUCAUCUUUUUGAAACUGUACUUAUGAUCGUUAAAUAUUUACACAUUUUCGUGUUAAAUUAAUAAAUGAUAAAAACAAACAAACA